AGGGUUUAUUUCACUUCCAAGUUCAAACCGAAGAUUCUCCAAGUAAACGAUGUACAAAACUGGUGAUCGGAAGAAGCCACAGAAUAAAAGGAAGGAUUUUGAUGGUAUUGUUACCGAUCAGACGGAUGAUCAGGCCUAUACCGAGCGCAGAUUUCUUCGUUCCGGUUAUCUAACGAUUCAGAAUCUCAUUCGUGACAAAAGAUAUGAGAUAGCAGCUCCUACUUCCAAGAAAUUCCAAUCCAUCAUCGAUGAGGUCAACGAAAUGCAUCAUCUGGUUAAGAAACCAAGAGAGCAAGUAUCUGAUGCAGAGGCUCUACGUGACCUGGCUAACACCUUGGUGGCUUCCAUUAGGGUGCAAAGCACCGGAAGUGUAACUUCAUCUGUAUUUGUCUCGAGUUUGAUAACUGAAUAUGGUCAGAAAGGGAUGAUAGGGAUCACAGAAACUGUCCAGAUUCUCUGGAAAGAUAUUGGUUUGCAUGUUUCUCCAAUGUUCAUGGUUUCUAACGGUUCCUGCACCAUGCUUGGACCCAUGAGGUAUGAAACUAAACCACUAGUCAUGCGAAAACGCCGAAGGAGAUCUGUGAAGGAAGAGAAGGUGAAACCGGAAGAACUUGAGGGUACCAUCUCUAAAGAGAAGACAGAAACUGAGAAGGUUAUUGCAACGAUGUUUGAUAUUCUUAGAAGCAACACAAAUGUUCGUGUUGAGUACCUCAUGCUAAAUAGGUUCUCAUUUGCACAAACUGUGGAGAAUCUGUUUGCUUUCUCCUUUCUGGUGAAAGAUGGGAGAGUUAGGAUAUCGGUGGAUAAGAAAGGCUGUCAUCAUGCGUCACCAAGGAACGCUCCUGCUCCUUGCACAAUCACGUCGGGGGAAGUGGCAUAUUGUCACUUCAUCUUUAGGUUUGACUUCAAUGACUGGAAGUUGAUGAAGAGUUUAGUGGGUGAAGGUUUGGAGCUGAUGCCUCAUAGGAUCAAGUUGAAUCCUUGUGGUGGUGAUCAUCAAGAAAUGCUAUUGAAAAAAGAACAAAGAUGGGCUUAAAUUGGUAGAAGAUGUGGUUUUUGGUUUCAUUUCAGGUAAAUGUUAAAAUCUUUUGGGAUGUACAUAUAGACAGAUGUUAGAUAUAUUAGCAUGCGUGCAGCAGUUGCUAGGGCAUAGCCUUAAAAACUUUUAGGCCAGAGUGGUAAAACUCGACAUUAAUUACAAUACUAGUUGUAACCACUUCAUGUUUAUUCCUAAGCAUGCAUUUUGUUGUUCAUUUGUAAUCGUUUCAUGAAUCUAUUGCGUCUUAUUUGCC